AUGUCAACCAGGUUCCGGUCUCUUCUCUACCAAUGUCCGCACUCUCACCAUGUCUCCUCACCGUUCCCUUCUUAUAUAAAUAGUGCCUCACACUCCUCAUAAUUCAUUCUCAUACACAAUUGCGAAGAGAGAGAGAGAGAGAGAAACGGAAAGGAAUAACAUUAUAGAUAGCCACAAGGGUUAGUCGAUAUUUAGAUCCUGCAUUCAUCACGUAAUCUCGGCGAUGGCGGAGAAUUUCCAGGCCGGGAUAUGCGGCGAGAGCUGUUGGAGCUCACUCAGGGGCGUGCCUUUCACGGGCGGUGCGUCGCCAUGCUCGGCGGCGGCCAACGAUGGAGGAGGGUUUGGUUGGGUAGCGGCCGACCUGGCAAUGAGCAACGUCAAAGCGAGGUCUUUCGAGCACAGCGAUUACUCACUCCCCGAUAGCUCCAUGGUCUUCGAGAACAACCACUACAAGGCUCAGCCGCGGAGCGCCGUGCGUGGCUGCGGCAGAGGCGAACUGGUCGUCCCCGACUUGCAGGUCACGGGAUUCGGGAUCUCGUCGCCGAUGACGCCGGAUUGGAACCAAGCUUUACUUGGUGGCGGCGGAAAAUUUGCUCAGAGUAAUUAUGGUUCAAUAUUGAACGAAGACAUGAGUUCAAGGAUCCAAAAGGAUUGGAGCCCCAAAAGCUAUUCAAGUUGUGUGGUGGAAGAUUCCUCCAUGAAUGGGUUCAAGCAAAUAAAUCAAGAAUUCUCUUCGGACCAAUCUGAAUUGACUUCCAUCACAACUAGUUCGACCACCACAGCCACCUGUGAGGGUUUCUCAGCUGGGUUUCCGAUGGGAUCAGGACUGUCCGGUGGGGGGUUGUAUGGAUUCCCUUUGAUACAAAGCUUACUUGAUGAACCUGCGGAUUUUCAACCCCAACAUCAAUCCAUCCUCAACACCCGAGCACGGUCGGUGAACAGCUUCUCUCAGACCAUGAACUCCGAUGAUCAAUCGCCCCCUUCUUUCGCCAAACUGUCGUCCCUCUUGAAACCGUCGUCGGUGAAUAGCCAACCCAAUAGGUUGCCGUUGUCUAACAUCGCCAUGUGUUCGACGCCAAUGAGUAGCUUGGAUUGGACUGCCGCGUCACCUCCUACCAUAUAUGAUCAAAAACCAAGUUGUGCAACACUAAACACCAAGCGAAAUUGCGAUGAUGCACGGGAAGUGGAUUCCGCUGUAAAGAAAAGCAGCUCUGCUGAAUCCGGGUUCAAAAGGCCUAGAAUUGAAACCCCGUCACCGUUGCCGACUUUUAAGGUUCGGAAAGAGAAGUUAGGGGACCGAAUCACUGCGUUGCAGCAGUUGGUUUCACCUUUUGGAAAGACUGAUACAGCAUCUGUUCUUCAUGAAGCCAUCGAGUACAUCAAGUUCUUACAUGAUCAAGUCCAUGUUUUGAGUACUCCAUACAUGAGAAAUGGAGCUCCCAGCCAACAUCAACAGGGUUGUGAUAAACCGAAAGAUUAUGCAUCAGAAGGGCCAAAGCAAGACCUGAGGAGCCGAGGGCUAUGCUUAGUGCCAAUCUCAAGCACAUUCCCAGUGGCUCAUGAGACCCCAGUUGAUUUUUGGACUCCAACGUUCGGAGGAAGUUUCAGAUAGAGAUAGAGAGGGAAGAGAGAAGGAAGCGCCGAGUUGACUCGUUACAUGGGUAGCUGACUCAACAGACCAACAAGGAAGAAUCUGACUCCAACCCCAACAAAAAAGAAGAGUUCGAAAAAGAUGUGUAUACAUAAACUUCAGUUUUAGUAAAGACAGAGAAGCAGCAUUGCUUUUUUUUUGGCUCUACCAAUCCUGGAAACCCCACAAAGAUAUAAAAAUAGAAAAGGCUAAACAAGCAAAAACAAAUGUGCAAAAAGGAAGAUAUAUAACAGAAGAGAGAGAAGGAAAUGACCAUAGAGAUAAUAAAGAGACAGUGAUGGUCCACAAAAAAAGAGGAGAAUGAUGGGGGGGGAGGGGGGGGGCAUGAAAUGAUUAGCGACCAUUGGAGAGCAAGAAGAAGCAAAAGGAGGAGGAGAAGAAGAAUAUUGUUGGAGAAAAGUUGUGGUUAGGAACAGGAACAGGUGUUAGAUUUCAACCAGAAAAGCUGACCUUUAUUUCAAAAGAAAACUAGAAUAUUUCAGCUGUUGUUGUUAUUGGCUUUAAUCAAAUGUUCAUAGUGGGAAGCUGAAUUUGAGCAGAA